CACAGACAAUAGAAUCAUCGUCUUCGUAGUGAAAGACCCUCUUUCGACAAAUUUGUUGGCCAAGUGUUUGCACUUUUUCUUUACACGGUGAACGGUUGAGUUUGAUUUCAGCGACAGACCAGCAUCUCUGUGUACAGAAUGAACCUCUUGUUCUUGACGUUGUUGGCAGCGGUGGUCAGUGCAGUUACGGCGGGCGGUACAGGCCCUCCUCCCCACGGAGACUUCGCCGCCACUGCCCGCUUUGUCGUCCACAACAACGACUGGGGCAGUCUGGCGACCAUAUCAACGUACCCGCCUAUCAAGGGGAAACCGUUCGUGGAUGCUUUCUCUGUGAGUGACGGACCUGUGGGUAACAGUACCGGUGUGCCGUACUUCUUGUUCAGUCCGCUGGAGAGAACCACUCAAGACCUACAGGCGAACCCUUAUGUUACUCUACUAGUAUCAGAGGUCCAGAGCGGGUACUGCGCAAGCGUGAAAUGGGAUCCCGAAGAUCCCCGAUGUGCGAAAAUCCACCUGUCGGGAAAGAUCGUGACGGUACCCGAAGACGAGAUGGACUUCGCGAAGAACUCACUGUUUUCGAGGCAUCCUAUCAUGGCGGAGUGGUACAACAUGCCGGAUCACCAGUUUUACAUCGCCAAGAUGGCAAUAGAUGAAGUUUUCGUCUUGGAUUUCUUCGGCGGGGGACACAGUGUUUCUCCUCAAGAUUACUUUAAGGCUAAUCUGUGAUCUAGCAUUUCCAAUGAUUGCUUAACUCACCUUUAUCACUUCUUCUGUCAACUGUAGUUUUCUAGUCGCAAUUUUUGCUCAAAAGCCAUCCAUGUUCGGUUUUCACUUUUCAGUCCGAUUUUUAGCCUCCUUCGCAGACGUUCUAUGCGGGCUGGCGUCUCUUUUUCUGGGGAGGUCUGAUUCAAGAUUUUCAGGGCACAAAAAAAAUUAUCUCCUCGGCCAAAGAACUUCUGACCACUGCCCACAUGUUGAAAAUUGCGAAUCAGCGAAUUAAUGCCCCUCCCCCUCCAAAUGAACCCCACUGAGUGCCAUUAUCAAAUCAAACAAAAACACUCUCAGUACAUUCAGCAAGUCUCAUCUAAAGGCUUAAUAAACGUAUGUGAGAAACUUUCGCCAGAAAAAAACAAUCUUCUACCCUAAAUUGUACGGAAUGUUCAACAAUUGUAAGGUUCAAACAAACAGAUUAUCAUCGUUCUAGUUCUUAAGUCACGUAUAUUUUGUAUUGACAACCCGCAUACAAAAUAAAGCAUGCAGUUCUUGAUCAGAAA